ACUCAGUUAUUAAAUUCACCAUGUCUGAAAGGAAAGUUUUAAAUAAAUAUUAUCCACCGGAUUUUGAUCCAACAAUACUUCCUAAAUUAAAGCUAGACAGAUAUAGACAAUAUCAUAUUCGAACAAUGGCACCAUUUAAUAUGAGAUGCAAAACAUGCGGAGAAUUUAUUUAUAAAGGGAAAAAAUUUAACUCAAGAAAGGAAACCGUCAAAGGUGAAGAUUAUUUAGGGCUGGAAAUAUACAGAUUUUAUAUAAGAUGUACUAGAUGUUUAGCAGAAAUCACCUACAAAACUGAUCCAGAAAACACUGAUUAUGCAAUUGAACAUGGUGCUACAAGGAAUUUUGAAGCUGAAACUACUGCUAGAAAGAUGGAAGAUGAAAAAACAAAGAAAAUGGAGGAAGAGUUGAUACAAAAUCCAAUGAAAAUAUUAGAAAACAGGACAAAGGAUUCUCAAAGGGAAAUGGAGAUAUUAGAGAAUUUGGAAGAAAUCAAGGAAAUGAAUGCCAGAAAUUCCACUAUAGAUUAUGAUGCCCUUUUACAUAAACACACCAACAUAUCCAAACAAGCUUUUAUUAAUCAAAUUCAAAAUGAUGAAAUUCUAUUAAAUGAUAUCUUAGCUGAGCAAAAACAAAGUCAAUACAAAAGGAUUAGGGAUGAAGAUAGUGAUCAAGAUGAAAAUAUGCUUGGGAUUACUUAUGACAAUAACUUUAACGAGAUAUCAAAGGGUACAUGUAGACAUUUAGAAAAUGAUAACAAGAAAAUCAGGGAAGAAUUAGACCCAAUAAACAAUAUUAAUCAGUCAAAAUUUAAUCAAGAAACAAGUUAUUUUAAUUUUAGAAAGCCAUCUUCGAUGACAUCCACUUCUAGAAUAGCCUUAUCUAAAAUCAUAAUUAAAAAAAAAGCUAAUAACGCAAAUGUUAACGCUUCAAAUACGGAUGACAAUAAGUUAAAUAACGUUAGUUCCAAUGCAAUAUCCUCAUCACUUAACACAUUAGCUUCCUAUGGUGGGUAUAACUCCGAGAGCGAUUAAUAUUUGAAUAAAAAAAUUAUUUAUUUAAUCUAUUGUUUUUAUGUCUGUAAUAAAAAUCACAAAACACUGUAAGGAUUUAUGUAAUAUUAUUUGUCAAUGCCAAACAACUUGGGACGGGGAAUCAAUUUUCUUAGCAUUUUUAUAAAUUUUAUUCAUAUUUUUGUUUAAGGCAGAAUUCUGAGAUAAAAUUUUAUUCUGAAUCUGUUUCAAAUCGUAUAUAUCAUUUUCAA